AUGGAUUUCUCAUAUUCACCUUUCAACAGAUAUAAUACACUUUCCCCAUGGCCUUUGUUGCCUGACUUACAAGCUAAUGAGGUGAGCUCUAGUUUGUUGGAGCUGCAACAUCUCAACUACUUGGACCUCAGCGGAAACAACUUCAGUUCUAGUAGGAUUCCCAACUUCUUUGGCUCAAUGAAGAAUAUGAAGUAUUUGAAUCUGUCUUUUGCAAACUUUAGUGGAAAUAUUUCUCUUCAAUUUGGAAAUCUUACUAGCUUGCAAGUGCUUGAUCUUCAAGGUCUUUUCGGUGUUAGUAAUCCUACUUUCCAGUGGGCUUCAAAUCUUUUGUCUCUCCAAUACCUUGAUAUGAAUUGGGUAAACUGUUGGAAUGCAUCAGAUUUAAUGCAGGUACUUACCAACCUUCCUUCUCUGUCACAUAUCAGCCUAUCUGAUUGUAGACUAAAUAUGGUCAAUUUUCCUUGGCGUUCGAUCAAUUCCACAUUCUCUGCCAGUGUUCGAUACCUAGACCUUUCCAUGAAUUUUCUUGGAAGAUAA